UCCUCAUCUGUGUAAUCCUCUACUUCAUAGGGGUUGAUGUGAAGAUUAAAUACACAAAUUGCUGUUAGAAGACUGCCUAUUGUAAAGGUGUGAGUGGGUCCAGCCAAAGGAGACAUGGCUGCCAAAGUGUUUGAGUCCAUUGGCAAGUUUGGUCUUGCCUUAGCCGUUGCAGGAGGCGUGGUGAACUCUGCCUUGUAUAAUGUGGAUGCUGGGCACAGAGCUGUCAUCUUUGACCGGUUCCGGGGAGUUCAGGACAUUGUCGUAGGAGAAGGGACUCACUUCCUCAUCCCUUGGGUACAGAAACCAAUCAUCUUUGACUGCCGCUCUCGACCACGUAACGUGCCAGUAAUCACUGGUAGCAAAGAUUUACAGAAUGUCAACAUCACCCUGCGCAUCCUCUUCCGGCCGGUUGCUAGUCAGCUUCCUCGCAUCUUCACCAGCAUUGGAGAGGACUACGAUGAGCGCGUGCUGCCGUCCAUCACUACAGAGAUCCUCAAGUCCGUGGUGGCUCGCUUUGAUGCUGGAGAACUGAUCACCCAGAGAGAGCUGGUCUCCAGACAGGUGAGCGAUGACCUCACAGAGCGAGCAGCGACCUUUGGGCUCAUCUUGGAUGAUGUAUCCUUGACGCAUCUGACCUUCGGGAAGGAGUUCACAGAAGCGGUGGAAGCCAAACAGGUGGCUCAGCAGGAAGCAGAGAGGGCCAGAUUUGUGGUGGAAAAGGCUGAGCAGCAGAAGAAGGCAGCCAUCAUCUCUGCAGAGGGCGACUCCAAGGCGGCGGAGUUGAUCGCCAACUCACUCGCCACCGCAGGCGACGGCCUGAUCGAGCUGCGCAAGCUGGAGGCCGCGGAAGACAUCGCGUACCAGCUGUCGCGCUCGCGGAACAUCACCUACCUGCCCGCCGGGCAGUCGGUGCUCCUCCAGCUGCCCCAGUGAGGCCCACGCCUCCUGGGCCAUCUGGACCACAGCCCCGAAGUUGCUCAGCACCACUUUCCUUCUCCUGCCCCAGAAAUCACUGUGAAACUUCAUGAUUGGCUUAAAGUGAAGGAAAUAAAACUAAAAUCACUUCAGAUCUCUUAAUUACUCAAUCAGAUUAAAUUCUUUGAUUUUUCUCAUUUCCAUCCCCCUUUUUUUUUAAUAUACCUUCUUACCCAAAAUUGCUAAGUGCCUACACAGACCAGCUUGGCUCCUAUCUUUGGGGCCGGCUGGCAUUCCUGCCCAGGCACUGACAAUUGGCAGAAGAAAGGCAGGGCCUUGUGUGUCAAUGAGCUGGGAGUCAGUGGGAGGCCUGAGUAAACUUGUAGCCUCCAACCAGCCCUUCAUUCAGGAUUUGAGGAAGAUGGCACACGCAGAUGAAUGGUGAACACAGGCCUCAGAUUUCUCCAGUGGUUCCUGCACAGACCCAGCUGAAGAGAGGUGUUGGGAGGGUCAGAGAGGAAGUGAUCCAUCUCUUACCAUAAAGCUGAUGCUCUGUAACUGCGGGACUAGCGGAAGCAGGUGUGUACAAACGGCACGGAUCGAAGAAUCUGCUUCCGUGAAGGUGGGUGGGCCUGAUUUGAUUUGCUCUCCCCUCGCCCCAGAAUCCUGGAAUGGAUUUGAAUAGAGAGAGCAGGCCUGGACCGAGAUGAGAGUCCUGUGGCCUUCCUCUCCACCUCCCACCUUCGUGUCUCAAAUACCCGGCGGAUUUCCAGCUUGAAGGAUUGCAUCCGGCCAGAGCUGUACGGGCCUGCCAGAGACGUGUGCAUCCAGUGUUCCUGGCUCCUUGGUUCAGAGACUGCCCUUCUAGAGGGCUCUGUGCCUGUGCCUUGAAGGAAAUGACCAUGGGAAGAAGACAAAUGUGUGUAAACUACUAUCAAUAAAUGACACCCAGACCUUCUA